AUGUAUAUAGCAGUAAUUUUGUUUAAUUUAGGCUUGGGCCUCGGAGCUAUUUACCUCUGCGCCAUGGUGUCAGUGACCUACUACUUCGAGAAAUACCGAGGGGUUACAUCCGGUAUAUCAGCUGCUGGCAACGGUGUAGGUUACAUCAUAGCACCUCUCUUUCUCAGUACACUGAUGGAAUAUAUGGACUGGCGCAUGUCCGUACUGGUCUACGCCCUCAUCAUUGCCAGCGUGUUCUUCAGUGCCGGCAUCACUCUGCGGCCUAUCGAAGUUGAUAUUCCUGACCCAGACGAAAUGGCCGAUUUGGAGGAAAAGCAGUCCCUACUUCAAAUGCCCGUUUCCCCCAGGUCUAGGCAGGUUUCGCUGGCAUAUGCGGACGUGGGAGCGGUCCUCAGAAUGCUGGAACCCAUUCAGGAAACAGAUGUGGAAAGCGGGCAAGCUGCUGCUGCAGUAGUUCCACAAGAUCCCAAAGCUCCUGUCGAACUCACUCCUGCAGAGCCGCAAAAAUCCACCCAGGAAAUGGCUGAUGUUCUUGAACCGCUCCCGAGUACAGGAGUGAAGCCAGAAGCUGGAGAUUUGCCGAAAGGGACACCGUUGAUCUUUUCUUCCGUUCCCGUCCUGCCAACAGUCGCCACGGGGUGGAAGGGUCGCGGAAACGCCCCACCUCAGCGACUGGACCCUCUGCCUUCGAGUCAGACUCCGGGAGAUACCGCAAAACAGGAUGAGUCAACAAAAGAAACGGGGGCCAGGGAAAGACGGGAUUCCCUUCUGGAGCAUUUUCUCUAUAAAGCUCUUGGUAAGAGGGAGAAAAGAGAAGUUGAAUGCAUUUUUGAGGACUCCACUUCCGCAGGAAAAAAACGCCUCACUGCAGAGACAAGACGGAGAAGCAUACACCUAACCACAUAA